ACAUGGUAACCAUUCCUGCAGUGAUCCAGGCAGGCUCAGAGGCCAAGCUUUGUGCCAGUCUUCUGCAGCCCAACGAGACCCUGGUCAUGACCAUAUCUCUGAUUGUUGAUGAGCAGAGCAAAAUUCUUCUCCAAGAGAGUUCUGACCAAGAGUUUCGCCGCUGCUUCCAGUUUCAGGCCCCUCAGGUGGAGAGUGACCAAGUGCAAAACUUUAAGGUGGAGGUUCGAGGUGAAACGUUUCUAUCGACAGAGGAGAGAAAGGUCAUGAUCAAACCCUACAGUCCGAUGACAUUCAUCCAAACGGAUAAACCAAUCUACAACCCAGGACAAACAGUGCAGUUUAGAGUGAUCACCUUGGAUUCCAGUUUUAGCCUUGUCAAUCAGCUGAUUUUUGGGAAUAUGAGAGUUAUUCAUUAA